GUGCUAACCGAAAAACUUGUCUCUGAGUGCGAAAGUAAAUAAACACAAAAACGCUUUUCAGAAUAAAACUAUAUAUUAAUAAAAUAUAUGAGAAUAAAUGGCAACUGAACUUGAAAUAAUUGUAGGAACUUACGAAGAAUUUCUUCUCGGAUACAGAGUUCGUCCAUCACGAAGUAACGAUCGGAAAUAUGAUUUAUUUCAAACAUUCUCGACACAUUCUCAUACAUCAUCUAUAAGGACUGUGGCAACAAAUGGAAAGCUUGUUGCAAGUGGUGGAGCAGAUGACAGAAUUUGUGUUUACGAUUUGGAGAAACGUCGUGCAAUUGACGAUUUAUAUGUUCACGAUGGAACUAUAAAUUCUUUAACGUUUGUUCCUGAUGGAAGUUAUUUGAUAAGUGGUGGAGCAGACGGCAAAAUGACCUUUGUAAAAACAAAUAAUUGGAAAGUUGAUAAAGUCUUUGAACGUGCUCAUAAAGGAUCAUCAGUCAACUUCAUCUCAGUACAUCCAUCUGGGAAGUUAGCGUUGUCAAUUGGAAGUGAUUUAACACUUAGAACGUGGAAUCUUAUAAAUGGACGUCAAGCAUUUGUCACAAGUCUCAAAAAUAAAUCACUUGGAAGCAUAAUCGACUUUGUCGUUUGGUCGAUUUCAGGAGAUUAUUUCGUUUUGACAGGAAAAGAUUCUGUUGAGAUUUGGUGUACAGAAAAAGCAGAAGUUAUAGCUACAAAAAAGUGUGAAGCACGCCCGUCAUCAGUUUGCUGGAUAUCAGACAGUGACAUUCUUGUGGGUAUGGAAAAUGGCAAACUUUUAUUCUUCAAUUGGGAAGACGAGAAUGAAGAAGCAACAAUUUGUGAAAUCUACGAAACAAGAAUCAAAGCAAUGAAAUACGUCAACGGAUUCCUUGCAACAGCUUCAACAUCUGGUGAAUUAAAUCUUUGGAAAGUCAUUAAUGGUGAGAAGAUUGAAAUGGAGAUGAUUUGUGGAAUCGAUGUUGGAUGUCGAUUAUUAUGUUUGGAUAUUUGUGAGUUGGUGAAAUCUGGAAUUGAUCCUGAAAUUAAAGACGAAGUUGUAGAAGAUGAAAGCAAAACCCAAGUGAGACAAUUAACAACAUCAGGUUGUGUGACGGUAGAAAUCGAGGAAAAUGACGAUUCAGAUGAUGGUAGUAAAAGGAAUAAGCAGAUAAAAAGGAAAAAUAAACAAACAAAAUUUGAAACGCCACAAAAAAAUAAGCAAAACAAAAAACAGAGGAAAUCAGCCGGGGUUCGUUUAAGUAAUGGAUUUGUUGAAGAAGAUUGUUAA